AUGUUUGAUUGGCCCAACAUCACAGUGCCCAGCUCUUCAGAGCAGGGCCUGAAACAAGGAGAUGGGGAUCUGCAGAGGUCUACAUGUGUCCUGGGCUUCUUCCCUGUCAUCUAUUAUAGCUCCCUCCUCUGUGUGGGAGUACCAGUAAACAUACUGACUGCAGUGGCUCUAUCCCGGCUGGCAGCCCGUACUAAGAAGGCUAUGCAUGUGUACCUGCUGGCUCUGACAGGCUCUGACAUCCUCUCCCAGCUCUUCAUUAUCUUCGUGGGCUUUCUGCUAGAAACAGCUGUGUUCCACCGUGAAGUCCCCACCCUCCUCCUGCGCUCGGUUAGCAUGGCAGAGUUUGCUGCCAACCACGCCUCUAUCUGGGCCACCGUACCCCUAACCGUGGACCGCUACGUGGCACUGUGCCAUCCGCUCCUCCACCGCCAGAUCAGCUACCCGGCACGAGCGUGGCGGAUUAUCACCGUCGUCUUUUCCCUGGCGCUGUUGUCAGGCAUACCAUUCUUCUGGUGGUCUGACAUGUGGCGCGUUGCCCGCCCGCCCACCUCCCUGGACUCUGCCCUCAUAUGGACACACGUGAUGAUAAUCUACUUCCUGCCGUGUAGCAUCUUCCUGGUUCUGAACUUGCUGAUCAUUCACCGGCUGCAGGCGCGGCAGAGACAGGUCCCAUGCCAGGAGCAGCGUGGUGGUAGCGGGGCCCGGUUGGCUCCGCAGCGGCGCCUGGGUAAGAGCACCGCCAUGCUGCUCGCCAUUACCUCCGCGUUCGCCAUCCUUUGGGCCCCCAGGACUAUAGUGGUCAUCUAUCAUCUAUACGUGUCCUCGGUCCACAAGGACUGGCGGGUCCACCUUGCCUAUGACCUGUCUAACAUGCUGGCCAUGCUCAACACUGCAGUCAACUUCUUCCUCUACUGUUUCGUCAGUAAGCCAUUCAGAGCGUCCGUGAGGGAUGUUCUGUUGCUCAGGGGGGGUCCGUUGUACCACCAAAGGAUAAUCCACAACCAGCAGGCCCAAGACAAAGUCUCUACGUCCUUGCUGUCUAGCGGGACAAACGCUCACACCGAGACUACCAACCGCACCCCCCUAACACCCUGCAGGGCUAACGAGACCAUGUGACCCUGACCUUAAUCCUUAAUCCUGAGAUGAGACCCCUCUAAUUGAGACCAACCCCCUCGUCCACCCCAUCUCUCCAUCCCCUCUAUUAUGCCAUUCCUCCAGCCCAUGAACAAUAUGACUUCGACCUUAACUAUGGGACCUCGCUAAUUGAGACAAACCCUGUACCCUCUUCCCUCCUUCUCCUAUUCCAUGCCUCUAUCCGUCCCCUCCAUCCCCCCAUUCCACUGUCCCCCAACACCCCAUCCCACAGACCAAGUGACCUUGAAGUUUAGACACCCCCUUAAUUGAGACCAAACCCUCCACUCACCCCAUCCCCUCAUCCCACGAAGCAUGUGACCUUCACAGACCCCAGAUCAACCCCCUUUACCCAUCCUCUUAUUGCCCCAUCUCUCUAUCCCUCCAUCCCACCAUCCAUCCCCCUAUCCCACGGUUGCCCUAAGCACUUAUGACCUCUGAACCACAGAGAACCACAGAGUGCAUUCCAGCCAUGUUCUGUGGACAGCUGCCAAUCACCCUUUGAGGUGAACAUUCUCAAAGGGCCUUUUCCUGAACUGUUGUUGGACUCAAAACAAGCAGAAUGUUUUCUGAUUCAACAUGUUAUUUAUUAUGUCCAGCGGGAAUCAGUUUAAAAUGGCACAACGUAUUUAUUUUCCGUUAGGGGGAAGAUUUGGCUUGUGACAUUACGAGUGCUUGGCUUGACUUUAUGUUACUUUCCAUAUAUGGAAGCUUGUUGUAACUAUGUAACAUGCUAUUGUUUAUAUUGGUAAAAAAAGAAUGCCAUAUGGACAUUAUUUGGUCUUGUUGGCUGCAGAUGAACAUGGUGCUUUAGUUAACACAUAGAGAGAAGAGACGCUGUGAAAAGAGAUGAUGCUUUCAUCAUGUGCAUGCUACUUAAAGUGAAUGGCUCAUCUAUCUAUUUACACAUUGAGCAUAGCCUCCCCAUUUCCUCUCAGUUGUCUACAGGGGGACAGUUUAGUUCUAUGUGAAUCACUUUACAAUAGAAGGAAAUGCAAAAUGCUCUUCCUUUACAGAACAUAAGUUAAGUAAUAGUAAGAGUGUAUUUUCAUAUAGUGCAUUAUUCUUUACUAUGGAGAGAACACUCCACAUGCCUAUUUGCCCAAACGACAGUGUGACAGGCUUGCUGAGCAGCACAACUGAACCAAUCAAGCAAACAAAUAGCAUUAAGUACUUCAUUUCAACAGUGAGAGCGAGGAGCAAACCACAGCUGUGGUUAUUUUUCAUGAAAACGCAAGUGGGUGGAGGUUUAAAUGAAUGCUUGCUGUAAGUGCCUAAAAGCCACAGCAGGGGAAGAAGACCCUGUUCUACAAACACACUCCCCCUGUGGGCUUCAGCUCAGCUAGCUAAACAAAUCUCACAUCAGACUGACGGACGGCACACAGAAAGUACAUUUUCCAUCUGCUCCUGUGCAAGCCCCUAGAAACAUCAAUAAGGCGAUAAGGACAAAUUCAAAUGACAAUUUUUAAUAUGAGAUAUUUCAUCAAUAAGGGAUGAGAACCCGUGUUUCAUUGUAAAUAGCACAGGGCUAAGGUGUCCUCUUGAAUCAUCCACACUUACUGACAAAUUUGCAUUAUCAUGUGUAAAUGGGAUCAACAAGCACUUUGUGACAUCAGUAUUUGUUUGGAGCUGAGUGUUCUCUUCUCUAUACAUGCAUCUAAUUAAUGACUGAUUCAACAGUUGGCAAGUGCAAUCUGUUGGUGUAUUACUUUUUAAUGCAAUUAAUUCAUUUAGCCCCAAGAGUUGAUGAACAAUGUUUAGACUUUGAUCUUGAAAUAACCAUUUAAUCACGCACCUCUGGCUCAUCGAUUAGUCCUCAGUGAAAGGCUUUUAAAUAAGGACAUACUUUUCUGUCCUCCUCAUAGCCAUUGUAUAACUGGUUUGAGAAGACGUGUCAACUACAUAAGAUAGUUCAUUUGUUUGCACUAAUAGGAACAGGCAGUAAGAGAGAAGGACACAUUUUGUUGAUUACAUCUCCUGUGUUCCUCUGUAGCUCAGUUGGUAGAGCAUAGUGCUUGUAAUGUCAGAGUAGUGGGUUCAAUUUCUGCAACCAGCCAUACGUGAAAUGUAUGCACUUGUAAGUUGUUUUGGAUAAAACCGACUGCUAAAUGGCAUAUAUUUUGUCUCAGUGAAAUUGAGAGUAAGCUAAUUGCCUACUUUACACACUUUUUUUGUGACAUCCAAUUGCGACCUUGUCUCAUCGCUGCAACUCCCCAACAGGCUUGGGAGAGGUAAGGUCAAGUCAAGAAAAAUAUGACCCACCAGAUAAUUGCUAAUUGCCUCCUUAAAACCUGCCCGCUUAAUCCAAAAGCAAACUGCACCAAUGUCAGAGGAAAUGCCAUUCAACUGACAAGUGAGGUCAGCCUGCAGUUGCCCAGCCCACCACAAGGAGUUGCUAGAGUGCAAAGAGCCAAAUAAAGCCCCCCAGGCCAAGCCCUUUUCUAACCCAGAUGACCCUGGGCCAAUUGUGUGCCGCCCUAUGGGACUCUCUGUCACAGCAGGUUAUGACCCAGCCUGGGAUUUAACCCAGGUCUAUAGGGACACUUCAAGCACUGUGAUGCAGUGCCUUAGACAGCUGCGCCACUCAGGAGUGUAUAAAAUAUAUUUUAAACACAGGAGGUUGGUGGCACCUCAAUUGGGGAAGACGGGCUUGUGGUAAUGGCUGUGGCGGAAUAGGUGAAAUGGUAUCAAAUGCAUCAAACAAAUGGUUUCCAUACAAACAUACAAUCAAUAAUACAGUAGAAAAAUAUAUAUACAGCAUGUGCAAAUGAGGUAGGAUAAGAGAGGUAAGGCAAUAAAUAGGCCAUGGUGGCAAAGUAAUUACAAUAUAGCAAUUAAACACUGGAAUGGUAGAAUAUGCAGAAGAUGUGCAAAUAGAGAUACUGGGGUGCAAAGGAGCAAGAUUAAUAAAUAAAUACAGUAUGGGGAUGAGGUAGAUUGGAUGGGCUAAUUUACAGAUGAGCUAUGUACAGGUGGAGAGAUCUGUGAGCUGCUCUGACAGCUGGUGCUUAAAGCUAGUGAGAGAGGUAAGAGUCUCCAGCUUUAGUGAUUUUUGCAUUUCGUUCCAGUCAUUGGCAGCAGAGAACUGGAAGGAGAGGCGGCCAAAGGAAGAAUUGGCUUUGGAAGUGACCAGUAAGAUAUACUUGCUGGAGCGCAUGCUACGGGUGGGUGCUGCUAUGGUGACCAGUGAGCUGAGAUAAGGCAGGGCUUUACCUAGCAGAGACUUAUAGAUGAUCUGGAGCCAGUGAGUUUGGCAACGAGUAUGAAGCGAGGGCCAGCCAACGAGAGCGUACAGGUCGCAGUGGUGGGUAGUAUAUGGGGAUUUGGUGACAAAACGGAUGGCACUGUGAUAGACUGCAUCCAAUUUGUUGAGUAGAGUGUUGGAGGCUGUUUUGUAAAUGACAUCGCCGAAGUCGAGGAUCGGUAGGAUGGUCAGUUUUACGAGGGUAUGUUUGGCAGCAUGAGUGAAGGAUGCUUUGUUGUGAAAUAGGAAGCCGAUUCUAGAUGUAAUUUUGGAUUGGAGAUGUUUAAUGUGAGUCUGGAAGGAGAGUUUACAGUCUAACCAGAACGUGGGUAUUUGUAGUUGUCCACAUAUUCUAAGUGUGUGACCAGUUGGGAUGAGUAAUCAACAUACUAUUAUGUUUGAUUUAUUAUCAUACAUGUUAUAAUCAUCAUAUUACCAUACAAGUGCUCAUGUAUUAUCAUACAUGAGCACAAGACCAACCAAAUAAAUACCAAUCUCUGUGAAUCUCUUUGAGCAGUACAGUCAUAUAAUGUGAUUGUACAGUGGUUGUUUAAUACGCUAUAGUAUAGGGUUAAGCAAGUCAGUCAUAUAAUGUGGUUGUACAGUAUUAAUUUUAAAAAAGUCCCAAGGGGGUGUGUUAUAUGGCUAAUAUACCCUGGCUAAGGGCUGUUCUUAUGCACGACACAACGCGGUGUGCCUGGAUACAGCCCUUAGCCAUAUACCUCAAACUACGAGGUACCUUAUUGCUAUUAUAAACUGGUUAGAAAUGUAAUUACAACAGUAAAAAUAAAAGUUGUCUCAUACCCGAGGUUUACGGUCUCAUAUACCACGGCUUUCAGCCAAACAGCAUUCAGGGCUCGAACCACCCAGUGUAUAGUACGGUAUACUACAGGGCUAAGCACAGUCAUAUAAUGUGAUUGUACAGUAG